UGUGAUUGAGCAGCAGUAGUUUGAUGUAAUGGAGGGGUUGGGCGAGUCAGUCCGCCUACAUGGGCUUUGUGUUGAUGUUCAGGCAGUGCAACAGCGCUGACAGUCCGCGAAAGCAACACUAAAACAGCAUUCCCAACACCCAUCCACCAUAACGAGAGGAAGAGAAGGAGAGAAACAGGAGGGACAGUGUUUUGGGCGAUUUGACUGUAAGGGAGUGGAGCUGGACUGAAUCAUGGCCACUUCUACGUCUUGCACAGGCGCCACACUGCUGCAGCCAAUUAGUAAGAUUAUUGAUCUGCCACUGGACCAGGUGAACUUUGUGGUGUGCCAGCUGUUCGCCCUGGUCACGGCUUUCUGGUUCAGACUCUACCUGCACCCUAGUAAGACAAGUCCCUUCAUCCGCCAUGUAGUUGCCACCCUGCUGGGCUUCUAUUUGGCCCUCUUCUGCUUUGGCUGGUAUGCCUUACAUUUUCUGGUACAGAGCGGUCUUGCUUACGGUGUUAUGAUCUUCACAGGAGUGGAACACAUGCACAAAUACUGCUUUGUGGUUACGCUGGGAUAUCUCAGUUUCUGCCAGGUCACCAGAAUCUUUGUAUUUGACUAUGGCAUGUACUCAGCUGACUUCACUGGGCCCAUGAUGGUCAUCACACAGAAGAUCACAAGUCUGGCGUUUGAGAUUCAUGAUGGCUUGAUGAAGAGGGAGGAGCACCUAAAGCCCAAUCAGAAGUAUCUUGCUGUCAGGAAGAUGCCCAGUCUGCUGGAGUAUCUGAGUUAUAACUGUAACUUUAUGGGGAUCCUGGCCGGCCCAACCUGCUCCUAUAAUGAUUACAUAGCCUUUAUAGAAGGCCAUUGCUACGAGCCCAAGCACCUGGAGUCAAACGGCAAAGUGAAUGGGAAAUUCAAGCAGAAUGACCCUUCACCUAAGCGGGACGUGAUCCAGAAACUGUGCACCUGUGUUCUGUCCCUGAUGGUUUAUUUGGUGAUCUACACCGCCUGCCCUACAGAUCGUGUCAUCGAUGACACCUUCAUGGCCUCUAACCCCUUCUACGUCCAGGUCUUGUACCUCUACAUCUCCAUGUUGGCUUUGCGCCCCAAGUACUACUUUGUAUGGACGUUAGCCGAUGCCAUCAACAAUGCAGCUGGCUUUGGAUUUAAUGGAUAUAACACAGAUGGCACCCCAAGAUGGGACAGAAUAUCAAAUUUAAGAAUACUUCACAUUGAGUUUGCCACCAGCUUCAAGAUGUUCUUGGAUAACUGGAACAUUCAGACAGCCCUUUGGUUAAAAAGGGUGUGUUAUGAGCGCUGCCCGUACAAUCCCACCGUGGCCACAUUCCUCCUCUCAGCCAUCUGGCAUGGACUUUACCCGGGGUAUUACCUGACCUUUGUCACGGGCAUUGCUGUAACAAUGGCUGCAAGGGCAGUAAGACACAAUGUGAGGCAACACUUCCUGGGCUCAGACACACUCAAGCUCAUCUAUGACGUGAUCACGUGGUUCAGCACGCAGAUCGCCAUUUGUUACACUGUUGUGCCAUUUGUACUGCUGGCAGUAGGGCCUUCACUAAAGUUUUAUAGCUCAUGGUACUGCUGUAUUCACCUGAUCUGCGUGUUGCUGGCGCUGGUUUUACCUGUGAAGUCCAGACGCAGGAAACAACAGGAAGAGGCGAUCAGCAUUCAGGCCAGUGAACAGAACUGCCUCUCCUCUCCUGACAACAACUGCAACCAGAAGCAGAAAGCCACAUGAGGGCAGGACUGGGCUGCCUUGUGAGGAACUCUGAUACCAACACUGAGAGACACAGAGCGGCCAUUACCUCCCUCACAUCCAAACGACACUGACAGUGACAUUAACAAGGCAUAAACUCCAGCAACAAUACAGAGAAAAGAGACCGUUUCCCCAUAGUUGCCCUGUUGGAGUUGGUCUCGUUUUGGUUUUAAAUAGGAAAUCUUCAUAGGAUUUGGAUGAAAAUGGGGUGAUUAAUUAUAGAAUAUGGUAUAUAAUUGACUUAAGUGUCAGUUAAUCUGAAGUUGCCUUAAACCCUUCGUAUAUUUAGCUCCAGAAGCCUCGUAUGGGGAUCGUGUUACAUAGGAACGGACCAGUCGUUGUUGGCUUAUAGCUUCACUACAUUAGUGCAGGAAGUCUAGCACUGGAAUCAGCUUCCACGGUACCUAGAGGGUUUCUGCCAUUGUCGGUUAAACAAAGUAACCUCCGUGCUGUUUUAGUUCUUCGCAAAGGAAAUGUGUGCGGUAAAGGAAAAAAAAGAGUCCAGUCGUGUGUUGCCAAACUUGCAGGCCUUAAGUUCCUAUAUCUUGCCAUUGUUUUAUCUUUAUUCCUUCUCUUUGGUUUUCUAGUAGGUUCAUAUCUGCUGCUUUUUGGGAACAAGGGUCAAACUUAAGGGAGUGUCUUCAUUUCAUGUCAGUGAUUUUUGUUUAUUUCAUUUUUUAUUAAGGGCUUUUGGUUGCGUUUAAGGGUUGUAUCAAUGCUGUUUUUUAAUGGGUGAUAGGUUUCCUCAGGGCACACAGGUCUCGUUUUAAUCCAUGACAAAUGACCAGAUGUUUCUCUACCAUCUAUGUUUCUACAGCAACAUUCAAUAUCUCAGCAUGUUUGUGUUUUUUUAUGUUGCAGACAUGUAUGGUAAGUGCAAUAACCUGUAUCUUUACAAUGGGUGCAUGUUAAAGGGUUAGUUCACCCAAACAUGAAAAUCAUUAUCAACUCAAAUUGUUCCAAACCUAUAUGAAUUUCUUUCUUCUGCUGAACACAAAAGAAGUAGCUUUGAAGAAUAUGGCUAACCAAUCAGGACCCCAUUAAUUUCUAUAGUAUAGAGAGGAAAAUUGGGGUCCAUCAACCGUUUGGUUACCCAUAUUUUUCAAAAUAUCUUGAUACAAUUUUCAUUUUUGGGUGAACUUUCCCUUUGAGCUACAGGAUCACAUUAUUUUUGCAAACAGUGCUAAUGUUCUUGUCACAUCAACUACAGUAAGAGUUUUCUAGUGGUUCAGUAUUGAAGUGCAGUACUCGUAUACUGGACAUGCAGUUUCAACUAUUCAAAAUCUAUCUUUUCUUUUUUCUCGAUGAAUCCAUCUGUCUUCUUGGGCCCUAAAGAAACCUGUACACUUUUUGAUAUCAUAUAAGGAUAUCUCUUGAACUUUGACCCCCUAAAAGGUAUCGGAGAACUCUUUGGAUCCAAGUGUCUGGAAAAUCAGACUUUUUCAUAUUUCACCCAAAAUCUACUUUUGGAUAAUUAUGUUGUUGUGUUUAUUUUCUACCAACGGUUUUAGCCCUUGGUCAGAGCGACUCUACAUGUUUGUUUGUUUUUUAUUUGGUAAUGAAGGGCUGAAGGGACUAAAGCGUUUACCAAAGUGAGUGUCACUGUAUUCAUGUUAACUAAGCCAGUUCAGUAAGAAACGGUUAUUCUUGGGCGUGAAGUCGGCCAGCCUCCAUUUGGAGAAAACGCUCUGAACCAGCCCCCUGUGGUUUCCUAAGCACACUUCUCUACAGUCUUAUUGUAUUUAGACCCCAGACAUGUAAAACCGUGAUGCAUUACAGCCCUGUACCAACAGUUUUAGCAACUGCAAAUCGGAAGAUUAAUAAAUCUGCUGGAAUGGCUGCUGGUAACAGUUCACAUUUAUUUGUAUAGCGCUUUUCAUAAUACAUAUCAUUUUAAAGCAGAAAAAUGCAUGACUGGUAUAUACUGUACAAUUUGUCCUUGUGCCCUUUUUCUUAAAGCGAAAAGACUUUUUUUUCUUUGUUUUAACUGACGUUCCCUCAGUAACCAGCGUACUAACUAGCACCUCAAUGCAAAACUUGCUUCAAAUGUCCAAAGUGCCAAAUCACAUGAGGUGCACAAAAAAUCACUUUAUUUGUACGGGUUUACAACAGGGUGAGAGGUUUGUACAAAAAAAAAAAAGUGAUUUAUUUGGUCUUAAACUGACAUUAUUUUUACCUACUGAGAUUUUGGGAGGAUUUAUUUUUCACUCUCUCCCUAUUUGCACUUUUGGUAGGAAAAAGUCGGGGUUGUGCUAAAGUAGAAAAACUGCCGAAGCAAUGCAAGAAACCUCAGUGCUACUCAACAGUCAGAGUAUGUGCUUAAUAGAUGUUAAAUGGCUGAAUUUGAAUUUGCCCUAAAAGUUACGUUCAUUGUAGCAACAAAGGAAAAUCAGGAUGGUGUUCCAGUGUUAUAGGCUUAUUUUGUAAACAUGCUCCAUCCAUACCAUGAUGUUAAAUGUGCGUUCAUUGCUGUAUACGAGUAAACAUUGUCCCUUUGUUCAGAUAUUGUUCAUCUAAAUACAGAUAAUCAACAUCUUGAUUUUGUUAAGGCCCUAGUAAUAGUGAAGGUUCAAAUUUAGUUUCAGUCAUUUUCGUACCGUUUGUAACUACUGAUUUUGCAAAGAAUGACCCAAAGCUGUGUGAAACUGUAAACUACUGUAAUGCUUUCUAAAACAGUGAAUUGGUUGUCCACCAGUCACCUCAGUUAUGUUGUUUGUCAUUGUCUUGUUAGUUUCUAGUGGUCAUUAAAAAAUGAGUGAAUGUGGCCCUUAGUGAACAUGCAAACCGAAAGAUAUUGCAGAAUUAACUUUUCCAUUGUAAUUCCUACUGACUGGUUGUGAUGUUGCAUAACCUGACAGUGUACAGGAAAACUAAGGAUGUUAAUGGAAUGUUAUGGAGAAGUUUGUGGAGAGAUAAAGGAAAGGUAAUACCUAAUAUAUGUAUUUUACCAAUAUACACUAUAAAACAAGUUUUAGAGAAUUGUCCUGAGGGGAAAAAGUCUCCUUUUAUUUCUGUAAUAAUCAUGAAUUGGGAUGUGAUACCCAGUAUUUGAUUUGUUUGAUGAAAUGAGUGCUCUAAGUUGUACCAAGCAAAACGAUUUUUCCUUUAAAUAGAGGACUUGACAUGCAAAAUUAAUUCCAGUACCAUGAUGACAGACACAAAACAAAUAAAACAUAUUUUCCUUCUCGGUA